GUAGGUGGGCGGGGUGUGUCCAAGUCCCGGGAAAUCCCACAUGAGAGCUGGAGCUGCUGCACGAAGCGUCCAUGAGCCUGCAAGACAGUGGAGCUGAUUUGAUUAAAGCCUCACCUGAACACACAUAUCCCGACCUGUCAACAUGUCUGAAGAUAUGUCUAAAGAGGAGGAGAGCCUGUCCAACUCUCAGGCCCCAACACAGUCGCCUCCUACCGCUAGCCAGGCUCAGGCCGGCUCUGGUUCUGCUACUGGGUCUGGUUCUUCCAGCGGGCCGACCUCGAGCAGCCAGUCAUCGGGGACGCUGAGCAGCGUGGAAACCAUCCCGGUGACGCUGGCCUCGGUGCCGGAGGAGCCCGAGCCGGUGCCCUGGGGCCGCAUGCUGCCCAUGAAGUGGGGCUUCCGCGCCCUCAAUUGUGUGGAGGAUGCAUACCUGUUUGGGCGGGACCUCAAAUGUGACUAUGUGAUUGGGGACCCACGGCUCGAGUCAUUCCUCAUCUACAGCAAGAAGCACUUCCGCAUCUACAGGGAGGGGGGUAACUUCCUAGUGGAGGACCUGAGUAACAACGGGACCUUUGUGGACGGGACCCUUGUUGGGAAGGGCAUGAAGCACCCGCUGGUCAACAACUCUGUGGUUUCUCUGGCGGAGGAGCGCAACCGCGUCUUUGUGUUUAUGGACCUUGUGAGCGACGACCAGACCAUCUUCCCCAAAGAGUUCCAGGAGAAGUACCUUGUCUCCAGGGGCAUCGGAACGGGUGUGUGCGGCGAAGUGAAGCUGGCUUUUGAGAGGGCCACUUGUAAAAAGGUGGCGGUGAAAAUCAUCAACAAGAAGAACUUCCCUUCAGUAGGGACGGCCACCAGGAACGCAGAGCGGGAGAUCGAGAUCCUGCGGAGGAUAGACCACCCAUGUCUGAUCAAAACAGAGGACUUCUACCAGACAGAGGACACGUAUUACAUCGUCCUGGAGCUGAUGGAGGGGGGAGAGCUCUUUAACAGGGUGAAGGCGGGACAUGGCCUGGAUGAGGCUGUGGCUAAACUCUACUUCUACCAGAUGCUGAUGGCAGUGGAGUACCUCCACAGGAAUGGCAUCAUCCAUAGAGAUCUGAAACCCGAGAAUAUUCUAUUGGCUUCUCAGGCAAAAACCUGUCUCAUCAAGGUCACAGACUUCAACCAGUCCAAGAUUCUGGAGGGGGAGACGUUGUCCCGGACCCUGUGUGGGACCCCGUCCUACCUGGCCCCUGAGGUGUUCACCCACGCUGCCACCACGGGCUACGGGCCUGCCGUCGACGCCUGGAGCCUUGGAGUCCUGCUCUUUGUCUGUCUCGGGGGCUACGCUCCAUUCUACGAGCACCCGUCCCGCCCCUCUGUGCAGGAGCAGAUCAUCCAGGGGGAGUUCACCAUGGUGCCCUCUAAGUGGAAAGGGAUCUCGGACCAAGCCAAGGACAUGGUGAGGAAGUUGUUGGUGGUUGAUCCUUCCCUCCGACUGUCCAUCACAUCAGCGUUAAAACAUCCAUGGUUACAGGACCCUGCGAUGUUGGCCCAGGCCAAUAAAUUGAUGUACCCUCCUGAAGACUCAGACACGCAGGAACUCGCGCACAACAAGAGGCCGAGAGAGGACGAGGAGGGAGACGGAAAUCUUCCCAAGAAGACCGUACAAUGACCGCAAAUGUCACUGAGUCACUGUAAAUAAUGUUUUUAUAAUUAAACCAUUUUUUGUUCACUGGUGAA